AUGGCUGCUGACGAACCCCGGCUCCCGGCCGCGACGACGGCCAGUCUUCCACCUGCCAUUGCCUCGCCACAGCGACCCAUGAUCUCGUCAUCGUCUGCAUCCUCCACAACCUCCAUCUUCCCCGGGCAGUACCCGCGCGAGAAGCGGCAGUGGAACGUCAAAAACCUUCCCUCCCGACUGGGCACAGAUCUCGUCAGCGCAACGACCGCCGGAGCCCUCAUCGCCCCUCUCAUAUCCAUCAUCGACCGGUCCGUGAACCCCUCUUUCCCUUGCCCGUUCCGCUACCUAACAUGGCACGGCAGCUCCAUCAUGGAAAACGCAUCCGGUCGUGCCCCCUCCAUACCGGCCUCACUCCUCUCCUCUUUCCGCAGCCUCGUCUCUUCGCCGCGCUCCAUCCUUCUCUCCCGUCCGACAGCCCUCAUCCUGCUCCUCUACGCAGGCACCUAUCUCACGGCAAACACUCUCGAUACCGUCUCCUCCGCUCUACCCCGGGAUCCGUCCCUCUCACCCCCCGUCAGCGCCUCGACCGUCUCCUCCGGCCCGGCCAAGUUCUUCUCCUCGAGCGCGGCCAACGUUGCCCUGUGCAUUUACAAGGACCGCGCCUUCGUGCGCAUGUUCGGCACCCCCACCGCUGCCGGGGCGCCAAGACCAGUCCCGCUGCCGUGCUACGCCCUCUUCACGCUGCGCGACAGCAUCACCAUCUUCGCGAGCUUCAACCUACCACCGCUGCUGGCUCCCUACAUAGACGAGCGGCUCUCUGACGAGCUGGCCCGUCACGUCACCGGCCAGACGACAGCCCAGUUCCUCGCCCCUGCCGCCGUCCAACUGUUGUCCACGCCGUUGCACCUGCUCGGGCUGGACUUGUACAAUCGUCCGGGACGGCCACCCGUCAUGCCGUGGGCCCAUCGAUGGCGCAUGGUCAAAUCCAACUGGCUGCUGAGCUCGGCAGCGAGGAUAUGUCGCAUCGUACCAGCCUUUGGCGUCGGAGGGGUCGUCAAUACCAAAGUUCGAUACAACCUCAUGAAAAGACUGGAAUGA